CCCUGCUGGCCAGUGACAGUGCUCACAUGGACGCAGCCCCUGGCCUGACCGCCGCCACCCCCGGCCUCAGCCCACGGUCCCUGUCCAGAUCGGGUGCCUUGGGCCCCACCGUUGGUCAACACGAGGAGCAGAAGGGUGACUGCGGGACCCAGGACUCCGCUUCCCCUGCAGGUGCAGAGCUGUGCACCUGCCGCCACCAGAAUCGUGACUGGGUCGCAGGCACAGGCCCCUCAUCCACCUCAUCCCGUCCCCAGGCCUUGGAGGGUCAGAGGAGGGUUCAGAGCCUCGUGACGCAGCAGCAGAGGGGCGGGGGCCCACACCCUGGCCGUGUGUCUCGUCCGCUCCUCGUCCCCAGGCCGCCCUGUGUAGCGUGGCUUGCGUGGCAUCUCCUCUCCCCGACCCCGUGGCCGGUCCUCACCCUGGCCCUCCGCACCCUCAGCCGCCCCUGCGGCCAGCUCCCCGUCCUUCACCCCUUCCCACCCCGCGGGCCCCCCAGCCCCCAGUGGCCGGGGCUCGUGGCUUCAGACACCGGGCAUUGCCCCUGCAGCCGGCGUCCCCGGUCCUGUGCCCGAGCCCCGCCCCCGUCACGGCCGAGGUUGCUGCCCGGGUUACGGCCAGGCCAGGCCUUCAACGCAGGCAGCUCUGGUUUCUCCCACCGCUCAGCCCAUAGCUGGGUGCUUGUCGCGGUGCCUGGGCCCUGGUGACCGGGAUGAGGGACACUUCGAGG